CAAUACCGGAUGAAUGUUACAUGUUCUGAUUUUGACUGCUCAAAAGAUCGUAAUAAGCAAUGCUACUCUUUGUUAGGUGAAGUGACGAUAAAUAUUAUUUUAAAAUACAAUUGCUCAGUUAAGUUGUCAUUCCUACCGCGGCUGUUGAGACGUUUUCGUGCAAUUCAAUCUAACCGCUGAUAGUCUGAUCGCAACAGUACUUAUUUUGAAGUUAGCUAGCGCUAGCGUGUUAGCUGCUGAAACAACAGCUGCAGCUCGGAGGAUGUCGCUUCACGGCAAAAGAAAAGAAAUUUACAAAUACGAGGCGCCAUGGACGGUGUACGCCAUGAACUGGAGCGUACGUCCGGACAAACGCUUUCGGUUGGCUUUGGGGAGUUUUGUGGAGGAAUACAACAACAAGGUUCAGCUGGUGGGUCUGGAGGAGGAGAGCUCAGAGUUUGUCUGCAGGAACACAUUUGAUCACCCUUACCCCACCACCAAGAUCAUGUGGAUCCCAGACACUAAGGGGGUUUACCCGGACUUACUGGCCACCAGUGGGGACUACCUGCGCAUUUGGAGGGUCAGCGACACCGAAACCCGCCUUGAAUGUUUGCUGAAUAAUAAUAAAAACUCAGACUUCUGCGCGCCCCUCACUUCCUUUGACUGGAACGAAGUUGAUCCCAAUCUACUGGGCACCUCCAGCAUUGACACUACAUGCACCAUUUGGGGUUUGGAAACCGGGCAAGUGCUGGGUCGUGUUAACCUGGUGUCUGGACAUGUGAAAACUCAGCUGAUCGCUCAUGACAAAGAGGUGUAUGACAUUGCAUUCAGCCGUGCUGGUGGUGGUAGAGACAUGUUUGCCUCUGUGGGGGCUGAUGGGUCUGUUCGUAUGUUUGACCUCCGACACCUGGAGCACAGCACCAUCAUUUAUGAAGACCCCCAGCACCACCCAUUGCUUCGCCUCUGUUGGAAUAAGCAAGACCCCAACUACCUGGCUACAAUGGCCAUGGAUGGCAUGGAGGUCGUAAUCCUGGAUGUUCGCGUGCCCUGCACUCCAGUGGCUCGGCUCAACAACCAUCGAGCCUGUGUGAACGGCAUUGCGUGGGCCCCCCACUCCUCAUGUCACAUCUGUACUGCAGCUGACGAUCACCAGGCACUGAUUUGGGACAUCCAGCAGAUGCCAAGGGCCAUUGAGGAUCCCAUCCUGGCCUACACUGCUGAAGGAGAGAUCAACAAUGUUCAGUGGGCCUCCACACAGCCAGACUGGAUCGCCAUCUGUUACAACAACUGCCUGGAGAUCCUGCGUGUCUAAAGCCAUGGACACUUAGAUGAAGAAGAAUAAUGGUGUUGUUUCAGAUCUUGACUUUUAUCCCUUAUCCCACUGCUUUCAAGAGGAGGAUGAGGUUACAAGUGGACUUUCUCAACGUGUUUGGAGUAUCACACACCCCAGUAUAAGCCGGUUUACAUUUCCUUCCACGUCUCUGCUUCAUCUUUCUUCUACAAUAUGUGUUUAAGCUCUUAUUUAUUUUGCUCAAAAGGUAGUGUUCAGCGUCUGUACAGCAGCUGUAACAGGCUGAAAAUCAGAUUUCAGCAGCCAGUUGUGAGAUUCUCAUGAAGGAUUUAGACGUUGUGCGUUUCAUCUGUUCGUUUUGUAAAGUUCGAUACAAACUACUGUAGAUGGCAAAAUGUGUCCUCUCUAAUACAAAGGAACAUGUUGUAGCUUUCUUGUACAUAACAUCUAACUGGUGAUAUGAUCACUAUAAUAAAGUCUUGUGGCAACUUUACAUUUUUCUAAUGGGUGUGUGUCCUCAUCCGACUGUAUCCAGGCUCAAACUUUUAAAACUGUAAAUUAAGCUGAGAGGGCUCUUUAUUGUCACUGCAGUGGUGUGUGUUACUAUAUGACGUGUUAGGCUUCGUGUUGGAUGAUGAACAGCACCGAGAACCUACCAGAGCAACAAUGUUCAGCCAUUUAGCUUCUUAACUCUUUUCUUUUCAUUUGUAGUAGUUUGUGUGUGGAAAGCUACAAACUUUUAACUAUUUCUUCCUGCCUUUUUGUUGGUUUAAGUAAUUAAAGGGUCAUGUCCUUGUAGCAUGCCAAUGCAAGGCAGUUCUGUACAUACAUAUAAAUAUAUCUACUUAAGAUGUUGUUAAGCCAAGUGUUCAUGUUGUAGCUUUUUCAUAAAGUUUAUUAUUGAAUUUGCUCUAAUAAAUUGUAUUCCUCAAUGUCUUGAAACUAAA